GCAGUGAAUCAUCGGACCUAGGUUGGUUUGACCCAGGGACGUGGUAGAACCAAUGCAUAUCUUUCAGAGCGUGAGUGAGGAGGGCGAGGAGCCAGACCCGGAGCCCUCGCCUUCAUCCGACUGGGAAGGGGGUUACUUCUGUCAACAUGUGGCAAUGUUUGUGCUUUCCUACUUCAGCUGCAUGCUGGCGAUCUUGGCUUCUUACAAUCUCUUCAUACAGAUUUAUAGCAGUGUCCGUGCUCUGAUGGAGAGUCGCAGAACGCAAUCUUUGGAAUGUUGUUCCAUCCCUGCAGAGGGUUCGUCACCGCCCGGCGUGCUGGGGGUGUUGAGGAGGUGGAUGGUGUGCAUGCUGAGAGGUGUCUUCAGCCAGGCGGACGAUGGCAAGAUGAGCAAGGGGGCGCGGCUCCCGUUGGACACGGCCGUGUGCGAGGGAAAACUGCGGCUGAAGAGGCUGCAGGAGGUGGGCUGGUGCAAGAAGCCCCGCAUCCAGUACCUGCACCUGGGCAAUGGCGAGGUGCUGUGCUACCUGCCGCGGGAGGUCCUGGAGCACCCCAAGGCAGGGAUAGAUACACAGUCGGAGGACAUCCACAGCGAUGGCCAACCCAACCUUGCCGACCUCUGCAAGGCAAGGUACAAGGCCGGCCACAGGCACGUCCAGUCGGCCAGAGAGAGGUCCAUGAGCAAGAGGUCGCACAGUUCGGCCACCUUUGAGAAUGGACCCGAGUUCAAACCGAAAGUACAAUCCCCCCAUCAGCAUGAUCAAGCAAGCCAACGUCACCUAAACUGAACCCCCCUGUCCCCUCUGUAUCCCCACCUCAAAAUAAGACCCAGAGUCUGGGACGAUGGGGAAGCAAACGUUUCUAAGAGGUUGUAGAAGAUAUGAAAAUCUGUAGUCUUUUAUUUCAACGCAAUAAACAGAUUUGAAAUGCUCUUGGGUUUCUCAUUGU